AUGAAUGGACAGAAGCAGUGGACACGGGUGGCUGUAAUGGCACUCCUGGUGCUAACGGUGAUGGCAGGUGAAGGAGGCAAAGCAGAGAAACAAGGAAAGAAGGAGCGUAAGUCGGACUGCGGGGAGUGGCAGUGGAGCGUGUGCGUAGCCAACGAAGGCGACUGUGGACUCGGCACCAGGGAGGGAACACGCACCGGCAACGACUGCAAGCAGACCAUCAAGACCCAACGCUGCAAGAUCCCCUGCAACUGGAAGAAGAAGUUUGGAGGGGAAUGCAAGUAUGACUUCCAGGCUUGGGGGGAGUGUGAUCUGGCGACGGGCAAGAAGAACAGAACGGGAGUGCUGAAGCGAGCGCUCAUGGAUGCCACCUGCGCCACCACCGUCACAGCCACCAAGCCUUGCGGGAAAAUCCCCAAGACCAAGCUGCAAGAUGCAAAGAAGCAAAAGAAGGAAGGCAAGAAGCGAGAGCGCACCCAAAUGGACUGAUGAGGUUGUUUGAGCCUCGUUGAGGACGGAAGAAGACGGCGGACACGGCGUCCGCUGCCCUGUUUCAACACGGUUCCUCCUUAUAUGUCCUGUAGGUUGACACUAGGAGCCUUUAUAGCUUUGACAAAAACCAGUGGAGAUAUGACUUUUAGCGACAACGUGUACUUUUUCUUCUAUUCUCUAGAUAAGGAACAACUUGUAUGUUGCGGUAGGAGAUGUAAUACUCGGCGGUAGGUAGGGGCGAAUAAUGAGAAGAUUUGUUUACUCACCUAAUGAUGUUGUUUCUAGGAUUCUUAUGAACAAAUUGCCUAGAAUGUGUUCUACAGAUGCAUAGCCUAACCCUAAUUUGGAAACCUGUUUGGUCCAUGCCCCGCCUUAAUGAAUCAGUUGGUUAAAAUUGAAGCUAUAAACAUCUUUAAUUAAUCUGAGCAACAACAACAAACAAGAGUCGUGCAUUUGCAGUUUUUUUUUUCCAAGUAAACUGUAACACUUUGUUUCUUAAAUUUCCAGUUAGUUCUGUCUGGAGGUUGCAUGAAAUACCUACUGUACAAAUGUGCAAGAUGUUUUGUAGUUUUAUUCUCCUCCUGCUGCUCUGUUGUACCUCAAUUUAUACCCACUGAUUUGUACUUUUCAUCUCUCCUGGCUGUAAAAAAAAAAGAAAGAAAAAAAAAAGCCCUCACCAUUGUAGUUGGAGUUAACAUUCCUUUUGUUUCCUGGUACAUUUCCAAAAAA